AAUGCAAGUAUUUCUGGUUUUCAUUCUGUGUUUGGCAUACGCCUCGGCUAAGGCCGUUUACGAUGCGCCUGUUGUGCCUCGCGGCUUGAUUAUGGAGGAUGACGUUGAAGGUCGCAUAACUAAUGGCCAAAAGGCUGCCUCUGGACAGUUCCCCUACCAAGUCGGCUUGUCCUUGAAGACCUCUAAAGGCUCCCACUGGUGCGGAGGUUCCUUAAUUGGCAAUAAUUGGGUGUUAACUGCUGCACACUGCACCAACGGUGUCAAUUCAGGCAUUGUCUACUUGGGCUCCACCACUCUUAAAGUGGCUAGUGUCACCCGCUCUUUCACCUCCAGCUCCAUCUAUCAACACGCUAACUUCAAGACCAACAUUUUGGCCAAUGAUAUCUCAGUGAUCAAAAUUGCCUUUGUGACCUACACCAAUUUGAUCAAGGCCAUCAGAUUGCCCGCAAUCUCCUCUUCAUACCCCACUUAUGCUGGUAGUAACGCCAUAGCUUCUGGUUGGGGUCGUACUUCUGAUACCAGCUCUGUUUCCAACUCCCUGAACUAUGUCGCAUUGCAAGUUAUUACAAAUUCAGCAUGCGCUGCCACUUAUGGUUCCUCCGUUGUUACCCCCAACACCAUCUGCGCUUCCACUUCUAACGGUAAAUCCACCUGUCAGGGUGACUCUGGCGGUCCAUUGGCGUUUAGAAAUGCCAAUCUAUUGAUUGGUGUAACCUCCUUCGUCUCCGCUAAGGGUUGCACUUAUGGAGCGCCGGUUGGUUUUGUGCGCGUUACCAGGUACUUGGGCUGGAUUAAGUCGAAGACUGGUAUUUCCUAUUAA